CCGUGAGCCACCACGCCUGGCCACUUUUCUCUUAAACUAGAUUCCCAGGUAGCUUGCUCCCCAGCCUCAGGCAAGGGAGUUUCUCCUGUGUGCUUAUCCUACAGUCUCAGCCCCACAGCACUGAUUCCCAUAGGUUCUCAGUUUCAAAGACAGUUGUUGGUUUUCAGAGAGCCCAUUUCUCUUUUUUGAAAAUUAGAUUCAGUCAGAAACCAUUUCAACCUUGGACAGGGUAAGGACCCCACCUGUAGGAUAACCUAUUUUUAGGUGUUCAUUUUCUUUCUUCAGGAAGAGCAAGCAAGUUUCCCUCCUGUCUAUUAAAAAAUACCUUUGCAAGGCAAAGGAGGUUUAUCCGCCAUCUCCCCACAUUUUCUAGUACGUAAGAGAAAAGCAGUCUCAACACUGCAGCUUUGUCUGUCUUAGUGUUGCUCCCCAGGAAGCUCUAAAAUAAGAGGUUUUUCUUCUUCAGCUAAGGCAAUGUACCAUAAGCUCCUGGCAGGAGAUUCAGUGAAAUAGCAGAUCCCAGGAAGGGUGAACCUCACCUCUGCUUCAUCCCAUAAUACUGAUUGAUGGGUUGGCCCAUAUUACAACUUUUGGCUUCAGUAGAGCUGUACAACAUUUGGCAACCUGAGGCCAGGGCUUUCUUCCUGUUGUCUAAGACCUUAGAGCUAUACUCAUCAGCAGGCCAUGGCCCUUCAUAACCUCUUUUAUCUUCUGUUGAUUAGAGAGGAGCAUAAUGACAUCCUGGCUGUGGCUGACUGGGGUCAAAAACUUUCCUUCUACCAACUGAGUGGAAAACAGAUUGGAAAGGAUCGGGUACUGAAUUUUGACCCCUGCUGCAUCAGCUACUUUACUAAAGGGGAAUACAUUUUGCUGGGGGGUUCAGACAAGCAAGUGUCUCUUUUCACCAAGGAUGGAGUGCGGCUUGGGACUGUUGGGGAGCAGUACUCCUGGGUGUGGACGUGUCGAGUGAAACCGGAUUCCAACUAUGUGGUGGUUGGCUGCCAGGAUGGCACCAUUUCCUUCUACCAGCUUAUUUUCAGCACAGUCCAUGGGCUCUACAAGGACCGUUAUGCCUACAGGGAUAGCAUGACUGAUGUCAUUGUGCAGCACCUGAUCACUGAGCAGAAAGUUCGUAUUAAAUGCAAAGAGCUUGUCAAGAAGAUUGCCAUCUACAGAAAUCGAUUAGCUAUCCAACUGCCAGAGAAAAUCCUCAUCUAUGAGUUGUAUUCAGAGGACUCAUCAGACAUGCAUUACCGGGUAAAGGAGAGGAUUGUCAAGAAGUUUGAGUGCAACCUCCUGGUGGUGUGUGCCAAUCAUAUCAUCCUGUGCCAGGUGGGCAGCAGCAUGUUAGAGGAGUUGGACUGAAUUCCAUUUGUGCUCUCCCCAACGAUAGGGUGCCCACCUCUUGGUUUUAAAACUGGUCACUAGAAAACAAGUCUGUUUCCAUCAAACUAAGUGGCUGCUUAUUGCCUUUCAUUGUCCUGGCACCUAGAUGAACCAGACUGUAUUAGCAAGUCAUGAGCCAUAAACUGGAGAAUAC